GAAAAAAUAAUAAAUAAAGGUCCUGAGAUAUGCACUGAGGGAGGGGGAGGUACUGGGUUGAGAGUGACGCGAGUGAGCUCUAUAUAUAUAUAUAUAUGACGAGGAAACUGAACAUCAAAAUAAUCGUGUGUGUGUGUGUGUGUGUGUAGCAUCUACGUGUGUGUGUGUGUGUGCUGAUUGUCCAAGGUGGGAGGGAAUUAUACUUUACUUGUUUAUUUUAUAUGAAAAAUAAAAAUAUUCACUAAUUUAACACAGAAAUGCACAAAAACAACACCCAUGAGUGGAGAUAAUUAAACGUGUGAUAUUGUGCGACUUUCAUUCUCAUUCCUAUUAAGCCGGGCUUGUGUUUGUCUGUAAUCACGUAACCAUACGCUGACAUCCUAGUGUAAUCCAUGGCUUAGACAAGACCAAGCCUUCGCCCUACGAGUACCCUUCUUCAAAUAACUUCAAAGCUUUGAUUCUACAUCCGUCUCCCUUCCUGACAUCGCUCCUUCCUGAAUAAUGGAGUCCAGACAGGGGCUCAUGGACGAGUUGGAUUCCCUGAGGUCCAGGUUCCUCCAUGAGGACACCCUGUCCCUGGCCUCCUCCUCGACGGAGCUCAGCAACAUAGAAGAGAGCAAAUAUGCAUCGCUGCAGGGAGAGCUAGAGGCCGAUGCCCAGGACCUAGAGGGCGAUUCCUGGAGCCUCGAGGUGGACCAGGACUACCUCAAGCCCAUGAGCAAAGAGUCCAUCAAGAGGCAGGACGUCAUCUACGAGUUGAUCCAGACGGAGUCCCACCACGUGCGCACCCUGAAGAUCCUGCUGUGCGUGUACAGGAAGGAGCUGAUUGAGUCUGCGCUGGUGGACGAGGCCCGCCUGAAGCGCCUCUUCUACUGGCUGGACGGCCUGCUGGAGCUCCACACCGCCCUCCUCCAGGGCCUGAAGCAGCGCAGGCUGGAGAGCAUGGUGGAGGGCAGCCCCCGCAACUACCAGAUCAGGCAGCUGGCUGACAUACUCACCGCCCAGUUUUCAGGUGAGCUGGGCGAGAGAAUGAAAGACUUCUACGGAGCCUUCUGCUAUUAUCAUAGGGACGCGGUCACCUUCUACAAGGACCUGCUGCAGAGCAACAAGAAGUUUCAGGCCCAUAUGAGGAAAGUAGGCCAACUGUCAAUAGUGCGACGGCUUGGCAUUCCCGAGUGCUUCCUUCUGGUUACCCAACGCAUAACCAAAUACCCCGUGUUGGUGGAACGCAUCAUACAGAACACUGAGGAGACCGAGGAGCAGAGUGCCCUGGCGCACGCCCUGACCCAGAUCCGGGACUGCAUCUCCCACGUGGACGGCCAGGUGAGCGACUUCGAGAAUGCGGCCCGUCUGAGGGACAUCGCCCAGCGCCUGGAGCCCAAGUCCCAGUGCCUGCUCAAGGACGGACGCCCUUUCAGCCGGGAGGACCUGACGGAGGCCAGCCGCACCCUGCAGAACGAGGCCACCUUCACCAUCAAGGAGUCCUCCGGGAAACUCAAAGAGGUCCAGGCUCUUCUCCUUACCGAUGUUCUCAUCCUGCUGCAGGAGAAAGACCAGAAGCUGGCCUUUAAAACCAUGCAAGACAACAAGUCUCCGGUCAUCUCCCUGCAGAGUCUGAUAGUCAGGGAGGUGGCUCACGAGGAGAAGGCAAUGUUCCUCAUCUGUGCCUCCUCCGAGAAUUAUGUGAUGUACGAGAUCCACACCCGCUCCAAAGCAGAGCGCAACACCUGGAUGGCCCUUAUACGGCAAGCUGUGGAAAGCUGCCCAAUAUUAGAGGUCAAGAGUCAAGAGGAGGAGGAAGCCCGGUCUUCCAAGCUCAAAGAGUUCCAGGAGACGCUGGCCUGGAGGGACAUGCUGAUAGAGAAGAACCUGCAGGAGAAGCUCCAGAUCUUCGCCUUCUUCACUGAGAACCUCACGGGCGUGGAGACCCCCCAGAAGAGACUGCUGCUCCGGGGGGACGCCAGUGAUCUCCAGCAGGGGGAGACACUGAUCAUGGGAGCCAUCAAAGACGUGGAGGGCCUGCAGGACCUUCUGCUAGCCCGGAUCAGGGACCCAAACCAGGCUGCGGAUGAUAGCCAGGGGCCGCCCCUGCUUCUCCGCAGAGCCCAGACCUUCGGGGGUUUCGAGACCAGGCCCCCCGGCCAACCCGCCGAAGAUGCAGAGGGCGCCAGCGGGCAGGACGACCCCCUGGAGAACGGCCGUCUCUCCACCAGCUCGGACCCGGAACACCCGGACCCGGAGCGCUCUGACCCGGUGCACAAGGACCCGGUGCACAAGGACCUGGAGCGCCUCGAUCCGGAGCAGCGCCACACGGAACGCCACGAACCGGAGCACCACGACGGGGAAAACCACGACCACGACCUCGAUCCGGAGCACCGCGCAGAGAGCCGGGAGCUGUCUGCGGAUGACGAGACUCCGAUACUGUACCCGGACUCCCCCCGUUUGUCUGCUGCUGACCUGGAGCUCUUAAACCGGGUGCUCCAUCUCUCCAAUCGGCUCUACAGCUUGCAGGCCAUCAUCGCCCAGCAGGACAGCCGCGCCGACCUGCAGCAGCUGCGGUGUUUGACGGCGCCGGCCUCCUCGGGGGCGGCGGCGGGCGGCGCCGGGGGGUCGCGGCGCGACAGCAGCGGCCUGCUGCUGGAGCAGGAGCGGCAGCGCACCCUGGAGAAGCAGCGCGAGGAGCAGGCGGCCUUCCAGCGGCAGCAGGCGGCGCACCGGCAGGAGACGCAGCGCUGGGAGAAGGAGCGCGAGCGGCAGCGCGUGCACGCCCUGCAGCAGGAGGCGGAGCUGGCGGCCCGCGCCGAGGAGCACGUCCGGCACGACGGCCGGCUGGCGGCGGAGCGGGCGGAGCUGGAGGCCCAGCGUGCCGCCUACCAGGGGGACCUGGUGCGGCUGCGGGAGAGCGCGCAGAAGGUGGAGCGCGAGCGCCUGCUGCUGGAGACGCAGCAGCUGAAGCAGCAGAAGCAGAGCGACCAGUUCCUGCGGACGACCCAGUCGUUCAGCGUGGCCCAGAGGAGGGUCAGCCCCGAUCCCCACAUCCACCCCACCAACCACGUCCACAACCACGUCCACCAUCCCCACCACCACCGCGGCGGCGGCGGCGGCGGCGGCGGCGGCGGCGGGGAGGUGCCCCCGUUGGUGCCCCCGCGGAGGCACAGCAUGAGCCCCAAGCCGGUGGUGGUGGUGCCCCUGCAGCUGGUCAGCACCACCAACCAGCCCCACAAGGAGGGCGGCGUGCAGCAGCAGAUCCCCACCAAGCUGGCCGUGCUCAGCAAGGCCAAGAGCACCAAGAGCUCCAAGGGCCACCACCGGGGCUCCCACCAGCGGGCAGCGUCUAUUGACAUGAGUCAGGUGGUGCCCAUCAAGGUGACCGGGAAGGAGGGGGGCAGUCUGAGGGCCGUAAGUAAGACGAGCCCCAGCCCCCAGGUGAUCAACUCAGAUCGAUUCACCCGACCGACGCCCCCCAUCAACGUCAAGCCGUCCCCGUCGUUCAGCACUCACAUUAGGAGCCCCGACCCUCCGCCUCCACCCCCUCCACCCUUCCCCAAAGACUUGCUCAAGAAGGAGAAGAAGCGUGAGGUGUUCCUUUAGGAGGGGCGGAGCUCACUGACGUCCGGCCUCCGAUUGGCUAAGGGAUAUGUUCGUUAUGGAUGAUUGGAAUCAGCUGUUACAAAGACUCUGCCGCUGACUCGAAGGGAGUUACAUUUUAGGAAGAUAUUCUGGAAAAGAAAACGAGAUGUCUUAUGAUAUUAUUGAUGUUUUACAUUGUUUUUAGUUAAAAAAAUGAAGUUUGCACAAAGUCAAAUAUUUUAAGGCGUCCAUUUACCGACGGGAGAUUGUUUAUGCUUUUAAGGAUUCGUUCUUGUUCUUUUUACCAAAGACUUUGCCAGGGAAAAAGUUUCUAUGCAUUUUGGAAGCUGAAAUAAGCCUCUGCCAGUAACCUUUCAGCACUCGGUGGGAAACCUCAGCAGUUAUCCUCUUCUCAUAUGAAGACCAGACACAACAAGACAAUCUGGAGCGAGUACAUCCACCAUACCCUACUGCUUUUAAGUGCCAACCAACUGCUUUCAGAAGAAAUAUCCCUGCUCUUUUAUUCUGCACAACAGAAUGGCUUGUUCGUAAUGGAGUGUACCCUGCAUUGAAGGUUAUCAAAUGGGUUUAUGCCUUAUUUUGAGGAUCGAUUGUUGCCAAUUUUGUUGAAUUGUGUGUAAUCUUUUGGAUGGCUGUGCCCAGUCUAGACGAAAGCUGAACUGUCUCAAUUUUAGAUUGUUUUAGAAACAAAAAAAAGAAGCAAGUUAAAAUUGUCGCUUUUGUCUAUCGCAAGUUUAUUAGUGUUCCUCAAAAGGAUUCAGAAGUGACGGUGUAAGCUAUGUUUUACGUUCAGAAUGUGUCUUUCCUAUAGAGGUGUAGUGGUGAAAACAGGUGUAGCUCAUGAAGUUAAUUAUAGGUCUGUGCCCUUAAUUAAUGUCCUGAGAUACACCUGUGUCGGCCCCUACUAUUACACAUCUGUGAUGAAGUCUAUUGAUAUGAAGAUGAAUAAGAUGACCUUGGGAAAUGUUUUUCACCUAAAUAAUAGUAACAAUUUCCUGGCCAUUUCAUAUGCUGUAAAAUAAAAACAAACGCAUUUGAGUUAAUUUA